UUUUUUUUUUUAACUUUAAAGGCAUAUCAUAUCUCUAUCUUUUUUUAUUUUUAUUUUUAUUUUUGUCUAUAGUUGUUUUAUAAUUAUUAUUCAAAAUGUCCUACGGUUGGAACAGAGAUGCAAAUGGCCCUCCACAGCAAUCAGCAGCUGAUCUUGCUAAUUCCUUUUUGAAUUCUGUUGGACAAGAACUUAAAACCGAAGAUAUCCCUUUUAAACAGGAAGAGACCCCUUAUGGUCAUGGGGGACAUGGCCGCUAUGACCAUGAUGUAAGCUACCACGGUGGUGUUGAUCAAUACCGUAGAAGAGAAAGUAGCAGAGACAGACACCAUAGCAGUAGAGACAGACGCCACGGCAGCCGAGAUCGUUAUCGUGACAGAUCGCGUGAUAGAGAGAGUCGACGUAGAAGAUCAAGAGACAGACGCGAUCGCUCUUCUCGUGAGCGCCAUCAUCGCAGCAGUAGGGACGAAUAUCGUAGCAGUCGACGCAGCAGAAGAAGUCCAAGCCCUCCUCGUCGUUCCAGCAGAAGACCUAGUUUAUCUCGUCAUCGCGGCGACGAUGAGAAUGUGAUUCCUUUAAGCAAAAGACCUCGAAAGCUGAACAAUUGGGAUAUGGCGCCUGCUGGUAUGGAGAACAUGACGGCAGAACAAGUGAAACAAACCGGUUUGUUCCCAUUACCUGGUCAGGUCGUCGGCACCCGUACACCUCAAUCCUUCCAGCCACCACCCUCCGAUGGCUCGCACGAUCACCGUCGUAGCAACUCUCACGGUGGUACCACGGCUGGCGGUCUCGGCGGUGUGGCAGCCAUUAAUAAUACGAUAGCACGACAGGCCAAGCGUCUCUAUGUGGGACAGAUUCCUUUCGGUAUCGACGAAAAGUCGAUGGCUGAUUUCUUCAACACAACCAUGCAACAAGUCGGCUUAGCAGAUACCACACCGAUACAGUCUGUCCAAAUCAACCAUGACAAAAAUUACGCUUUUGUAGAAUUCCAUUCCCCAGAACAGGCCACCUCUGCCAUGGCCUUUGAUGGCAUCAUGUUCCAAGGCCAACAACUCAAAAUUCGUAGACCCAAGGACUAUCAGCCUCCAGCCGGCGGUGAACAAGAGCCCGUCCAUUUGCCGGGCUUGGUGUCCACCAACGUUCCCGAUACACCCAACAAAAUCUUCAUUGGUGGUCUCCCGGUUUAUUUGAACGACGAUCAGGUAGUAGAGUUGUUGAAGGCCUUCGGUGAAUUGCGUGCCUUCAAUUUAGUAAAGGACCCCGUGACAGGCGCCAAUAAGGGCUUUGCUUUCUGUGAAUACGCCGAUCCUUCGGUUACCGAUUUGGCUUGCCAAGGUUUGAAUAAUAUGGAACUGGGCGAUCGCAAGCUCGUUGUCCAACGUGCCAGUGUGGGUGCUAAAGGUCAUAACAACAACAACAACACCAACGACAAUUAUCAAGCAACUACUUCAGCGGAUUUCCUGGCCAUUAACAGUGCUAAAGAAGAAGAAGCUACACGUGUAUUACAAUUAAUGAACAUGAUUACACCAGAGGAACUAGAGGAUGAUGAUGAAUAUAAAGACAUUUGGGAAGAUGUUGCAGAGGAAUGCUCUAAAUUCGGUACAAUUGUGGAUAUGAAGAUACCUAGACCUCAAAAGGGCGUGAAUGUCCCUGGGUUAGGUUUGAUUUUCAUAAGAUACGAAGACCCACAACAAACUCUAGCCGCUUUACAAGCACUUGCAGGUCGUAAAUUCGCUGACAGAACUGUUGUUGCAACCUUUAUUGAUGAAGACAACUAUUUAAGUGAUAACUUCUAAUUACGCCCUUACUCUUAUAAAAAACUUAUCAAUAGC